GGCGGUUAUGGCGGUGAAUUUAACGCCUCGGUUCCGGAGGCUGGAGAGCAGCAGCUCCCUGAGGGUGAAACUGAGGCGAACAGGUCGUUCAGGCCCUUUCUGUGCAACGAAGCUCUGGAAUAAUAUUAUUCAUGCUCUCCAGACACAGGUAGAGGUGAAGCGACACAGACGAUUCUUGAGAACGUACAGUGACUGCUUCAGCGGUUCAGAUGCUGUGGAUGUGGUACUGAGUCAUCUGAUGCAAAAUGUGUACUUUAGUAAUAAUGAUAUAUCACGCAUAAAGGCCACACGUCUCUGCCAAGCUCUAAUGGAUCACAAAGUGUUCGAUCAAAUUGGCACAAAGCUGUUUACGCAAGAGUGCAAGAUAGUGUUUGAGGACAGUAAUAGCAUGUUCUACAAAUUUUUGGAUAACUCUACUUUACUAGGAGCUGAAAGAGAUGAAGAAAUUGAAAAUGUUUCACCUGGAAGAAAACUGGUUACGAGGAAGAAAUUUCCUAACAGACCAGACCAAAUAACCAUUUCAAAUCCUGUUGCGCUCGAAUCCUGUGACAAAAGAAUAGAAGAGCUUUUUCAAACUAUUAACUUGCAUCCAUCCCUGCCUCCAAACCUAAAAGUAAUUAAGACUGCUAGCCUGUUGUCAACCAAAGUUGUUAACGAUGUUUGGAAACAGGAGACUUUGUUGCUGCUGCUACGUUUAAUUGAUCUUCCAGUCUUGGACAGUAUUCUGGAGUCUCCGUUGAAGGUGGAACCUAGAAGAAUAGCUCAGUGCAAUCAGCAAACUGACCUCAUUAUCUCCAACACGUUCCUGGACAGAGAGGUUACUCAGAGCCUAAACCUAUCAUAUGUUGAUAAGUGGCUCCUGGUUGCCAUUGAUUGCCUGCAGUAUUUCCCAGAUCAGUUGAUAGUACUGGUCAGCCAGCUAUUGCCUCAAACCAGCAAUGGUAAAAAGGACAUAGAAGAACACAAGAAACUGCUGUUUGAAACUAUAGCCAAGUACUACAGUCAGGACAGAGAGCAGCUUCUUGCCAGCCGGUAUUUUGACAUUCAUUCAGGCAUAAUUGAUCUUCUAGAGUGUGGAAAGACUGGACAAGCUCUUGAAGCUACACAGCUUUGUCUUCGUUUGCUGGAGCCUAACUGCAGAGAGGAACUGCACAGUCUGUUGUCAUUCAUGGCUGUUGGAGCACACCCUGAAGCCUACAAACUACAGAAACAGAAUGACAACAGGACUGUAAUGAUAAAAACAUUUACCAAAGCUAUUAUACAAAGCAAGGCUCUGUCAAAAAUACAGACCGAGGAGCUGGUCAUGUUCCUCAUGGAUAAUCACACUGACCUUUUCAAGAUUCCUACUACUCUACUUCAGAUGGUCAGGAAGAAACUUCUUUCCCUUCAAGAAGGAGAGGAUCCAGAUUAUAUUUCAGGCUUCACAUUCUGUCAACACGUGACUCAGCAGGAGUUUGAGGAGCAAAAGCAUCAGAUUACCACAGAGCAUCUUCAGCACUUAGUCCAGGAUAUCAGUCAAAAUUCUAAUACAUCAACAAAGAAUAAGAAGAAGCUGCUCCGAGAACUUCAGAAACACCAUCCUUUGGUGUUUCUUCAAUAUUUUGAAAAUGUCACUUAGGAAUACUGCAAUAGGAACAUUUUGGAGUACUCUUGAAAAAUCUAAGCUUUUGUGUGAUUCAGUGGUGUUAAUUGUAUUAUUCUUGGAUCUGUUUUUAAAUCUUAACUCUAAUUUUUUGCAUUUUAAUUAGAAUUUCAUAGACUACCACACUGAAACAGGCCAUUUGACCCAACUGGAUGUUUUGGUAUUUAUACUGCACACAAACCUCCACCCCUCCGAAUCCCCUUUCCUCCUUCCAUAUCCCUCAAUUCCCUUCUACCUCAAGUGUGCAUUGAGUUUCGUAUUGCAUUCAUGCCUUCUGCUUUGAUUUUGCACUAAGUAACGCUCUUUAUUUUCAAAUUUCUCUAGAUUCUUAGGUUCUAAUUCUACCUUACCCUAAAGUCUUAAAGUUGUUAGAUAUGC